UGUAGUAAUUGGAUCCGUGCUCCCUCCAUCCAUGUUGGGUCAUGUUGAAUGAGUUUUAACCCCUUUGAAAAAUGCUCAUGAUCAAGUUCAAUAGUAAUGAUAACUGUUUUUCUUAAAGCUUGAAGACCUUGUGUUACUGUGCGACAGUUAUGUACUGUUUUAGGGAUUAAUGUCAUGUUGCUGUCAUUUGUUUAUAGGAGAGUGUGGCUGCAAAAAGAAUGUCAUCUGCUAGGCCAACAUGAGAAUACCAACAUUUGAAAGCACUCACCUGACAAUGCACAAUAUAUCACAGCUGAGCGGGUCAGCUGAAACACCCCCUGCUGUACUUGGUGCGUGUAACCUUGAGCAUAUCUGCAGGUUACAUCUCAACUGGUGCUCCACUGCUGAGGUUAAUACUGUACAGACACUAAAAUCAGAGCAGUGUCCCUUGCUGGUACAACACACAGUUUCUGGGUCACUCCUCAGCCCUCUGAGAGGGCCCCAUCCACAUUGGCAACAGAGGGAGACAGAGCGAGCGGGUAGGAGAGAGAAAGAGAGAGAAAGGGAAAUGUAUUUAUAGAAAAAUGGGGCUUUGCAGUACCUUUUCCUGCUAAGAACCAUUUCAAGACCAAGUGAGUGUGUCCCAGUUUUCUGAUCACCGCUCAGCCAAAGGGUUUGGGCUGAGGCUGAGGUUGGACCACCUCAUCCAGGAUGGAGAUUUUCAGAUGCUCUCCCUUCUCCUCUAGCCUCUCUAUCCUCAACUAGAGACCAAGGAAGCAUUGGCCUACAUAUCUUACACAUGUGACCUUUAAGGCACAUUAGAUUUACCUCGCUGGGUCGAGGCUUUUGGAGGGAGUGAGCUCAGGUGAGGAGCAGCACGAGGGUGUCCAAGGGCACUCUUAAGCUGCAUCGACCCCCAACACGGGGGUGGAGGGAGGCUGGCUGGAACGUGCCCUGCCGCAAGCCGGGCAAGGAUGAGGCGUUUUCUGAGCAGAAAAGGCCGCUUCUCCCUGCGCCAGAGCAAGUCCGGGACCCGGAGUGCCUCCAAAGAUUUCUACCUCGGUCUUCCAGCCACCAAUCAGAACUGGCCAGAGGCAUUUGGUUUCCGGCUGGGUGGCACGGGGCCCAGCUACAUCCUGUCGGUGGUGGAGGGCAGUAGUGCUUACCUGGCUGGCCUGCAGCCUGGGGACCAGGUGGUGGACAUUGAGGGCCAGGAUGUGACCAACCUCAGCACACCAGCGCUAAUCGCCCUGGCUCAGACCCUCAAGACUGUCCCACCCAGCAUCGGGGUGGUGUCACGGAUUGAACAGAUUGACAUCACUCCUGGCCCCGAUGGCCGUUUUGGAUUCACCAUCGUUGGCGACAGCCCUCUGAUGGUGGAGGAGUGCAUGCCCAACGGUCCGGCUGGGCGCAGUGGCCUGAAAGCCAGGGACUACGUCAUGGAGGUCAACGGCAUCCCAGUGAAGCAUCAUGAAACCGCAGCUGCCAUGAUCAAAGCAGCGCAGGGGCGACCUCUGCGCCUGGGCGUGCUCAGCAUGGCCCGACGACCCAAGAGGCUGAGCAGCAGCAUGAGGGUGAUGUCACAGAGCGGGGACAGUGUCAGGGAGAGUCGUGCCCACAAGGCCAUGGAGUUCAAUAAGAAGGUGGAGGAAGUGCUUGGAGAGGACCCAGAUGUGAAGGAGCACCUGUUUGAGGUGUUAAAACAGUACGCUGCUGAGAGGGAUGUGGAAAGUCUUGCCGAGGCCCUGCCUGACAUCCUGAUCACAGAGGAGCAUCAACAGCUGAUUGACAGUGUCAGGAUAUUCAUUCCCAAGAAACAUCGGGAGCGUUUUGAUGAGGUGGUCUCCCAGAGCUUGUUGAGCCGCCUCAAGGGCCGGAGCUUCAGUGACCCUAGCCGUAGCCACCUGCGCCGCAGCCGGAGUGAGGAUCACCCAGAGCGCCUCCUGGUUUCCACACGUGCCAGCUCAGUGCCACGCACCCACGCAGAGGAGGGCGUGGUUCCACCCACCCGAGGCAUGCGAAAGACUACCUCCCUCAUAGCCGGCCACUCCAGUGGCACCACCAACUGCAGGACAGUGAGGGUUUGCAAGGGCAACAUGAGUUUUGGGUUCACCCUGCGAGGUCAUGCUCCAGUGUGGAUUGACUCUGUCAUCCCGGGAAGUCCAGCAGACAAGGCAGGUCUCAAACCAGGAGACCGCAUCCUUUUUCUCAACGGACUCGACAUGAGGACCUCCUCCCAUGAGAAGGUGGUGUCCAUGCUACAGGGCAGUGGUGCCAUGCCUACAUUGAUGGUGGAGGACGGUCCACCUUCUUUCGCUCUGGCAGAGCAGGACCUUGCGGGCGGCGGUGUUCCCACAGAACGUGCUCGCUCUCCAGUGCUCAGCUCCCUGCAGUGGGUGGCCGAGAUUCUGCCGCCCAGUAUCAGGGUUCAUGGCCGCACCUUCGGACAGCAGCUGGAGCACCUGCUGACCAUCCAGGAGAGGUACACCAUCUGCAAGGCUUUGGAGAAUUUCUUCCAGCACAGGAAUGUUGACACUCUGAUCGUGGAUGUGUUCCCGGUGCUGGAUACUCCAGCCAAACAGGUGAUCUGGCAGUUUAUUUACCAGUUGCUGACAUACGAGGAGCAGGAACACUGCCAGAAUAAGAUCUCACGCUUUCUGGGAUACAAAGCCCCAGUUCCACCACCACCACCACCACCUCCCCCUCCGCCAGAGACGGUGGUUGCCCCUGAACCCCACCGCCGCAGCAGCUCCAUGAGGGUAAUGGGGACUACAUACAGGAGCAGUGUGAGGGGACGUAGUUCUGAUGACCUGGUCAUUGGCACACACUUGGGCAUGGGGCUGCAUGCAGAGCCAGUGUUGGAGACAGGGAUGAGGUUGGCUCCAGGGGAGAGACAGUCAGGAGAUGGAACCUCCCUUCCAGAGACUCCUAACAAUCUCACCAAUCUGUCAGCCGUGUAUGCUGAACUGGAGAACAUGUAUUCAACCAAGAGGUCCAAGUCUAUGAAGAGCCGCCCUCCUCCUGCCCCCGAGAGUUUACUGGAUCUGGAACCUCCUUCACACUCUGCCUCCCCUACAAUACAUGCUAACACAGGUAGCCGUAAAGGUCCAUCACCUACUCAAGCCUGGCAGGAGGCUCUCCCCAGCCCCCCUCCAGCCCAGUUCUACCCACCAGGGCUGCCAAGCCAGACCAGUGGGGAGUCCAAUCCCUACAUCAGCUUAGACAGUCCACCACCCUCACCUCCAGACCUUGCUGAUUUCCCAUCUAGUCCUCCACCCCAUCGCAGCGGCAAACGGCGUUACACCUUCUCCAAACCGCCCCGCUCAGAUGACACAGAUCGCUUCCUGGAUGCACUAAGUGAGCAACUGGGACAGAGAGUGGCCAUCAUUGACGACUUUCUGACUCCUGAGAAUGACUACGAGGAGGAUGUUGUGCAGAUGAGUUUCCCAGAUGAGGAGGAUGAGGAUAUUGAAGAGGAGUUGGGGGUAGAUGAAGAAGAGGAAAAUGGAGGAUUUGUUGCUCCAGAGCUGAGCAGCCCAAGUGAUGUUCAAAGCAGCAGUGGAGAAGAUAAUGCCUCUUCCCUCACCUACUCCUCAUCCUCAGACCACAUUCCUCCUCCCCCCAUGACACCUCCUCCACCUCCACCUGUUCAGUUCAAUGACCUGCCUCCUCCUCCUCCACCACCACCUACACAAGCUCAGACUCAGCAGCAGCAGCAGCAGCAACAGCAAAUGCAACAGCAGCUUGACUACUCCCCAGAACACUCCCCCAGAACAUAUGUGCCAAUUCGCCGGAAAUCUGGACCACCUCCACCACCUCCACCCCGUAGUAAUCCACCACCUAAGCGGCUUUCUCUUCAUAAAGUGUUACCUGCGAGAGAGGAUUUACAGGUACAUGCUACUAUACAAGAGCUAAAAGCCUACCAAGAACGACAAGCCUACCAGGAAAAACAAACCUACGAGGAGCAACAAGCGUAUAAGGAGAGGCAGGCAUAUGAAGAGCAGAAAGCCUAUGAAGAAGAACAACUUUUUAAAGAGCAGCAGACCUACCAGGAACAACGGGCCUUUCAGGAGAAAGUUUUAAAAGAGAGACAAGCUUAUGAAGAGCAGAAAGCAUAUGAGGAGCAAAAAGCUUUUGAAGAGCAGCAAAUGUACAAAGAACAACAAGUCGACCAAGAAAGACAAGCAUAUGCACAGCGCCAGGCCUACAAGGAGCAAAAAAUGUUGGAAAAGCUUCAAGCCUACCAAGAACAAAAAGCAUAUGAACAGCGUCAGGCCUAUAAGGAACAAAAUGCAUUGGAGGAGCUUCAAGCUUUCCAAGAACUAAAAGCCUAUGAAGAUCGUAAAGCUUAUGAGGAGCAAAAAGCUUAUGAAGACCGCCAGGCUUAUGAAGAGCAACAAGCGUAUCAAAAACAACAGAUGGAACAGAUCUACCAGAGUCACCACUCAAUGCCUGUUCAGCCAACACAGGAAAAAGCAAAUUCACCUCGUCCUCUCCAACAACUUCAUCAGUCCUUACCACCACUCCCCUCCCCAGACUCCACCCAUCACCAUGCCAACCAUCCUCUCUAUAUGAUGCGCCAAGCACAGCAGCAGCAGGCUUACCCGAGUCAUCACCACCGGCGUCUGUCUCGCUCAGCUCCUCCUCCUCACCAGCCAUCAACUCAACCAACGGCCCACUCUGGCCAACAAGAUAAAUAUGCUGAGGGCAUCUACCAAAGUCGUCAGGGCCUAAGAACCCAUCAGCUCCAUUCUUCAGCAGAGAUGCUCCACCAGAUGAACCAAGCCCCACUCCAUCACUCAUCUACGGAGAUGCUCAACCAGUUGCAACAGUCCUUGUCCCACCACUCAUCUGCUGAGAUUCUCCAGCAGAUGCCGCAAGCCCACUACUCCUCGUCAGAAAUGCUCCACCAAAUACACAAACCCAAGGCGCAUCAUUCUUCAGCAGAACUUCUGCAUCAAGCUCACCAAAUGCAGCAGAUGCAGCCGCACCACUCCUCAACAGAGCUUCUCCAUCAAGCUCAUCAGAUGCAUCGGGGUCAACCGCACCAUUCAUCCACUGAGCUGCUCCAUCAAAUGCACAAGCCACAGGCCCACCACUCCUCCACAGAGCUGCUCCAUCAAGCUCAUCAAAUGCACCAACCCACGCCCCAUCACUCCUCCACAGAGCUGCUACAUCAAGCCCAGCAAGAGCCCGCCUCCCUUCCACUUCAGCUCAAACGGGACAGCCAAUCACACCACAGCCGUAAAAGUCUUAAAGGUCAUCAUGAAACCCAAGUGACACCGCAGCAGAGCCACCAAACUCAUCACCCCCAGCCCUCCAAACCCUCUCCGCAGAGACCCCACUCUAUCCAGCAGACCCACCACCACUCCACAGCUCAGAUCCACCACAUCCACCAUAUGACCCCACAGCCCCCUCCACAGGACUACCAACACCAGAUUCAAGUCAUCCACCCUCCGCAGCAGCCCCACAGGCCUCAGCCUCUCCUUUCUACAUUUCAGCCCCUGCAACCACAUCAGCCCACACUCUCCACUUUCCAGCCUCUUCCCCAACACCACCACUUGCAGCACGUCCAGUCCUCCACCCAAACUACCCGGCCACAGUCCCAGCCCUCACAUCACCUGCUGCAGUCCCCAAACCCGCCACAGUCUCAGUCGUCCCACCAUAAGCAAUCACAUGGCCAAGGUCAACCCCCAUCCCUCCCCCACUCUCUGUCUGAUCCCGCAGAGCACCUGGAGCCCCCUCCUCCACCACCCUUGCCCCCACCUUGCUCUCCCCCGCCACUGCCGAGGCCCAGUCUGUCCAGGAUGGACUCCAAUCAUAUGAGUGUGAAGAGGUUGCGCUGGGAGCAAGUAGAGAAUUCAGAGGGGACUAUUUGGGGACAGUUGGGAGCAAAUUCGGAUUAUGAUAAACUGCAUGACAUGGUGAAGUAUCUGGAUCUGGAGCUGCACUUUGGGACACAGAAGAACACCAUGCUUGCCCCAGAGCCGUCCAUGCUGACAGAAUCCUUCAAGAAGAAAGACGUGAUAGAAAUUCUGUCCCAUAAGAAGGCUUACAAUGCUUCCAUCCUGAUUGCCCACCUGAAGCUUUCUCCUGGGGAGCUGCGCCGGGUGCUGAUGAACAUGGCCACUGAUCGGCUGGAGCCAGCCCACAUCAAGCAGCUGCUGCUGUACGCCCCUGACGCAGAGGAAGUCAAAAAGUACGAAGAAUACAGACAGGACCCAAGCAAGCUCAGUGAACCAGACCAGUUUGUGUUGCAGAUGUUAUCAGUGCCAGAGUACAAGACACGCAUGCAGAGCCUCCUCUUCAAGUGUUCUCUACAGGAGAAGACAGAAGAGCUGAGGGGAGCGUUCGACUGCAUCUGCAAGGCCUCCAUGGAGCUGAAAACCAGCAAGAAGCUAGCUAAGAUACUGGAGUUUGUGCUGGCGAUGGGAAACUAUCUGAAUAACGCGCAGCCUAAAACCAACAAGACGACAGGCUUUAAGAUCAACUUCCUCACAGAGUUGAGCACCACUAAAACAGUGGACGGAAAGUCAACAUUUCUGCAUAUUCUGGUCAAGUCUUUAUGUCAACACUUUCCUGAGGUGUUGGAUUUUUCCAAAGAGCUCACGAUGGUUCCUCUUGCAGCAAAAGUGAACCAGAGGACUAUCACGUCAGACUUCAGUGACCUUCAUACAACAAUCCAGGAUAUUCGCUCGGCCUGUCAGAAGAUGCCUGCAUCUGCCGAGGACCGUUUUGCUGUUGUCAUGAGCAACUUUUUGGAAAACAGUCACCCAGCAGUGCAGUCUCUGGAGUCCCUGCAGCAGAGAGCAAUGGAAGAAUUCAACAAAACUGCCUCCUACUUUGGAGAAGACGGCAAAGCCACCAACACUGAGGCCUUCUUCGGUAUAUUUGCGGAGUUCAUGAACAAGUUUGAGAGAGCUCUAAGUGAUCAUCAGGCUGCAGAAAACCUGAAGAGUCCCCACAGUCCACGAGUGGCCUCCCCACUGGCCUGGUAACACACACAAACAUAUACAUGUUAUACAUAUUAUAAAUAUACACAGAGUCAUUCACAGAUGUACUGUAAAAUGUGCAUGUUCUGCACAGACAUGUACACAACGUCCAUUGCACAUUUCAGAGCAAAAAAUUGCUGUUUUCAUACUGUGUAUGUGUGUGGUUACAUUAAGGGAGACAGAAAGUCAUUUGCAUAAGAGAAUUGUUUUGCAUUAUACCAGUGAUUUUGUGUACGAGUCCUUUUACAAGAUUGGUUGUGUCGAGGUCUAAGACUUGCAUAGUUAAGAUGUGAAAAUGUCCGUACCUUUAAAAAGAUAGUGACUCAAUAACAACAUUUAGUUCAUCCUAAGUUUUCUUUCUCGAAGCUGUUUUGUUAUCUCCUGUCCGUGCAAUAUUACGGCUCUGCAAUAAAAAAAAAGUUUGUGAUAUAUCCUUGACUAAGAUGUAGAUUUACAAACCUCAUUUUCGGAAAAGUCGGGACGCUUUCGGAAAGUGCAAUAACAUCUGUAGAUUUGUCUUCACUUGAACCUUCUCCGAACAGUAAAAUUACUAACGAUUGCUGUUCUGCUCAUUUCCUCAAUGAGCAGGUUAACUGAUAAGUGAAGUUAUAAAAUUGGCUAUAAAAAGGAUCAUCUGCUUGGUCUCUGAAAGCAAGGAUGGGUCGUUGUUGCUCACCAUUUUGUGCCAAACUUUGUGAGAGCAGUGACAGUCGGUUCAAAGACACUGAGAUUGCAAACAAUUUAGUUCAGAAAAGAGUCAGGAUUGAAACCUUGAUUAAAACCUUUUUUAUGAAUGUGUUACAGGCAUCAAUUUCUAAAUGUGUUUAUUCUUAAGUAAGUUUGUCCCUCUGUGACCUAAAUCAAAGCUCAAGUAAAUUAAUAAAUGACAGAUUUGAGUCAUUAUUGCAUUUUUUUUCUUUUUUAGAAAGUGGUCCAACUUUUCUGGAAAUGGGGUGUAGUAAGAACACUUGAAAACCUAAAAUAGAUGUUUAUUUCAAAUAUAUCUACAUGCAGUUGGUGGCUUGGAAGAACAUCAAAUAGCUUUUUUCUUAGUUAACAUGUUUGUUAUUUUCCUAAGCAGCCCACCACUCUGAAUGUAAUAUAAGUUCAUUACUGACUAAGUGUAGCUUAUUUUCCCAAGGAAAUAAUCAUUCACAGCAGCUCUCAGAAUAAUCGAUUAAUUUACUGUAUUGUGUUUAUACUUCUAUUUCAACUGAUUUUUUGUUUUUUACCAUGUCAUUUGUAACUGUAAGAAAUUUCUAUCCGUAUAUGUUACUGAUAUUGAACGAUACCUCGACCUCAAUGGACUUGUACAUAAGACUUAAUGUCAGCAGGAGGUUGGCACGUAUGACUCGAGAUACAAAUUUGCUCUAAGAAUCCUGUUAUUUACGUAUUUAGUCAGUACUGGAAACUAAUAACUGGUUUGUGGAAGUGGGAUUUUGUGGAACUCAGAGCGGGCAGUGUGCAAUAUGUGAACGUUUAGCUAUAUUCUGCUAUAAUACACAUUAAACUGUAACAGAGUUAUCUUUUGUUUGCACUGUUCAGCAUGAGAGAGUAAAUGUAAUGAAAACAUAUGCUACUAUAUAUAUAUACAGUAUAUAUAUAUAUAUAUAUACAUGUAAAGCACUUUUGUGUGUCACUCAGAUACUAAUUUGACUGUGUUACACUGCACAGACUGAGAGAACAGCCAUGUCAUUACAUGUAGAGCAGGAGAUUCAGUAUUUUUCAUAGAUUUCCAACUAAUUAAACGACAUACCAGCUUACCAGUGCUUUGUAAAAGUUAGUCUCCAAGUGAUCUUUUAAAGUGCUAAGCUUAGAUUUCUCUUUGUCCAGGUUAUUUUUCAUAAAUUAAAAUUGUUAUCUAUUUAAGACCAAUAAAGUGGUACGUCUGUAUUUUACAUUGUGUCCUAGUGAUACUGACAAAUAUACAGUUGUAUGAAAUCGA